AUGCCGCCCAAACCCAAGGCGUCAACCGAAUCUCUCAAGCAGAAGAGCCUUAUGUCGUUCUUCGCCAAGGCCCCAGCAGGAGGUUCCUCGUCGUCCAGCAAGACAGAGCCGAAACCCAAAGCAAAACCGACCGCGACGCCAGUGUCGAAUGGCAAGUCGGAUGCAAUGAAACCCAGGGAGACAAUGCCACCUUCAUCGCCGUUGGCGCCCAAAACCCCUGAGUCGAAAGGGAUGGACACGAGAAUGCUGAACUCAUCUGCUGCUGCAAGUUCCACGUCGUCGCGUAUAAUGAGCACCCCGCCGACCAGUGACCCUAUCGACAUUGAUAUGCUCUCCUCUGACGGAGAAUUGGAACUGGUCCCGUCAAAGGUACCUCGAUCAGUGCCCAGCACUAAACGCAAGUCUGUCAUCGAGUCUGACGAAGACGAAGAACCUCUGCGUCCUACGGGAAAGUCUCGGCGGGCUAGACGAGACUCUUCGCCUUCUGAGGCGGCACAAAGGAAACGUGCCAGGCUAUCCAAAGCUCUCAGCGAGGCGGAAAGCGAUGACGGAGAGGCAUCAGAGGCUCUUAGUUCAUUCAGUCAACGACUUUCACGCUUCAAGAAGUCUCCUGUCAAAAAACGCUCGAAGAAACGCGUAGACGAUGACGACGACGACUUCAUUGUCCCGGAUUCCGAGUCAGAAGAUGACGCUAAAUCGAUGAAAUCCGCUUCAUCUCGCUCUUUCUCUUCCCGACGAUCUGCCGCUUCCUCAGAAGAUGAAGAUUUUGAGGAGCUCUCCGACGACGAACCAAAGCGUUCCAAAACCAAGAAGGCGCCUGCAAAGAAGAAUAUCGCAAAACCCUCUGCUCCAGCCACCGGCACUUCAUCUGGGGGAAAUUCUUUCCUGACCGCGGCGGAGCAACGAGCCCAAGACAAGAAGGUCGACAAGCAGAAAGCCGAGGCACCAUUCUCCUUCCUUCAAGACAUUCGCGACAAAGAUGGCCGACGUCCUGGUGAGCCCGACUACGACCCGCGUACUAUCUACAUUCCGAAGAAGGCAUGGGCCGAGUUCACUCCUUUCGAAAAACAAUUCUGGGAAAUCAAGCAAAAUCACUAUGAUACCGUGCUGUUCUUCCAGAAAGGCAAAUUCUUUGAAUUAUAUGAGGACGAUGCUCGAAUUGGCCAUCAAGAAUUCGACCUCAAGCUUACCUCUAGGGUCAAGAUGUCCAUGGUUGGCGUUCCGGAGUCCUCCUUCAACUUCUGGGCAGCGAAAUUCUUGGGAAAGGGCUACAAAGUCGGUCGAGUUGAACAAGCCGAGACAGCCCUCGGGGCAGAGAUGCGGAUGGCUGCCGCCAAGGGUAAAGGCAAAGUCAGCGAGGAUAAGGCGAAGGACAAGAUCGUCAGAAGAGAGCUGAACAAAGUCUAUACCAAUGGCACCCUCGUUGAUGACGCCCUUUUGACGGAUGAGAAUGCCGGACACUGUAUCGCAAUCUGUGAACAACCUUGUGAAGACGGUUCCGACAGUGCCAAUAAGUUCGGCAUUUGCGUUUUGGACUGCUCGACCUCGCAGUUUAACCUCACUGGGUUUGUCGAUGACAUAUGUCGGACUAAGCUCGAAACUCUUUUGCGCCAGAUUUGCCCCAAGGAGCUCCUGUUCUACAAGGGAAGCUUCUCUGUCGAUACACAGCGCGUGUUGAAGGCCGUGCUGCCGUCCGAUUGUCUUUGGACUGGUUUGCGGGAAGUGGAAGGCUUUAAAUAUGACGAUGCAUUGAAAGCUCUUAAAGACUUGUUCCCUUCUGAAGAGGAUGCAAUGGAAGAGGACGAGGGAGAGGCUCAGCUCCUUCCACCGAGUGUGCCUGAGUCUAUUCGAAAGAUGGCGACAGACAAGUGCGCGAUUGAGGCCCUGGGAUCUAUGAUCUGGUACCUUCGGCAGCUCAAUAUCGACAAAGACAUUGUCACUAUGCGCAACUUUAACAUCUACGACCCUAUGGAGCGCAAUCAGGGCCUUGUUCUCGAUGGACAAACCCUUGCCCACCUCGAGAUUCUUCUUAACAAUGAAGGGAGUGAGGACGGUUCUCUCUUCCAUCUACUUCGACGAUGCAUCACCCCUUUCGGAAAGCGACUCUUCCGUAUCUGGCUUUGUAUGCCUUUGCGUGAGGUCUCUGCAAUCAAUGCUCGGCUGGAUGCGGUCGAGGACAUAAUGAAGCACCCAACCUUUGAGUCGUCCUUCUCAGAGCUUGCCAAAGGAAUCCCCGACCUCGAGCGUAUCGUUUCGCGGAUCCAUGCCAAGAAUUGCAAAGUCAAGGAUUUCCUCAAAGUUCUUUCGACUUUCAAAUCCUUGAGCCGCGGUCUUGCAAAACUCGCCGACGAGUCUGAGGAAUUCGAGUCCAAGACUAUUUUGGGGCUAUUGCGAGGUGCACCUGACUUGCUUGUCAACGUCAGGCAUUUGGAGUCCAUGUUUGAGAAGCCUUCUGAUAAAGACAGGGACGAGUUGAAGCCCGUUGAGGGCAAGGACGAGGAGUACGAUGGGAUUGUGCGCGAGAUUCGCUCGCUAGAGAGGGAUUUGGACAAAUCACUCAAGGCGUUUGAGAAGGAGACCGGCCUCGACUUGGAUUACUGGCACAGCGCGAUUGGCACCAAGGAUAUCUAUCUAGUCGAGACUUCUGCCAAGAACGCUGACGAUGUUCCCGAUGAUUGGGCGAAGAAUCGGUACAGCGUCCCUUCGCUUCAGCCAACGAUUCGUAAGCUUAAGGAGGCUCGCGAGAACCUGAACACUGCGGUUAAGAACUUCAAAUUCCGACUUUAUGCGGAAUUCGACAAGGAUCGCUCGCAAUGGUUGCGAGCCAUCCGCGUCUUUGCUGAAUUGGACUGUUUGUUCAGUUUGGCGAAAGCUUCUGCAGCUAUUGGUUCACCUUCUUGCCGACCGGAGUUUAUAGAAGGCGAUUCAGCGUUCAUUGAAUUCGAGGAUUUGAGGCACCCCACGAUUUGUCUGAAUCGUCACAUCGAGUCCUUUGUAGAGAACGACGUCAAGAUGGGCGGAGAGGACCCGAAGAUCAUUUUGUUGACUGGUCCUAACAUGGCUGGUAAAUCGACUCUCAUGCGAAUGACUUCCAUCGGCGUCAUCAUGGCGCAGCUGGGAAUGCUUGUCCCUGCGUCGCGUGCUAGACUUUGCCCUGUUGAUUCUAUCAUCACCCGAAUGGGGGCCUAUGACAACAUGUUCACCAACUCAAGUACCUUCAAGAUUGAGUUGGAUGAAUGUUGCAAGAUUCUCCGUAAUGCUACACCAAAGUCUCUGGUGAUCCUUGAUGAACUUGGACGAGGAACCUCCACUUUCGAUGGCAUGGCUAUCGCAGGAUCUGUCCUCCACAAACUAGCGACCCACACGUUGCCGCUGGCUUUCUUUGCAACCCACUAUGGCUCCCUUACUGAUGAUUAUGCAUAUCAUCCCAACAUCCGCCGUAUGCACAUGUCCACAAUGGUGGACGAGGAAAGGCAGCAGCUCACUUUCUUGUACAAAUUGGUUGAUGGAGCUGCCACAUCAUCGUUUGGGUCGCAUGUUGCGAGACUGGCUGGUGUUCCUGACACUGUCGUUGAACGAGCCGAUGAUGUUUCCGCUGAAUUUGCGAAGCAGUUUAAGGAGCGCUUGCAAUUGAAGAAGAAGCAAAGUGCUUCCUCUCGUGUCCCCCUUGUGGCUCAGGCCGACUUCGUUUACAUGCUGAAGCUCGCUACUGGCCAGAUAGCUGUCCCUGAGGACCCUGCCCUGCGCAAGGAACUCUUUACAAGGCUCCAAUCUGUUCUGAAAGCUCACAAGGCAUCCAUCCGUGCUUGA